ACAACUAGAAAUGGCGACGACGGUUUUAUGAGGGAUUCCAAAAGUUUUCACAAAACGACGAUUCCUGCGCUUGUUUUGCGGUGGUUUGAAACGAGAUGGCAGACGCAAGCAAGACGGAGGAAAAACUGUUGUAUGACAGUGAUAACGAUGAUUUAGGAAGCAUUAAUAGCGAUGAUAUUAAUCCAUCUCGAUUGCUAAGUGAUCUCCAAGGAGUCUACCAUCAUCACUUGAUGCAGAUGGGAACGGCUGAUGAAGAACACGACGAGACAUACAGAAGCCAACUCCAUUCCUUGCAAGAAUAUGUGAAUGAUCUAAGCUCUAAAAAUGACAUUCUGCUGGAAACUGUUCAAGAACUUGAAGGUGAAGCAAAUGAGCGGGUAUCAUUAGUAGAAGCAAAAUUGCAAGCAACCCAAAAGGAAUGCGCUCAUAAAACUCAAGAAAUGGAGGAAGAAAAGAAGAAACUAAAAGAUCACAUUGUGAAGAUUGAAAAUGAUUUGAAGAAUGAGAAGGAGACUCAAGAAUAUAUCAAACAUGAAUCAAAUGAGGUCAGACAACAGAAUGAUGAUCUUGAACAUGACACCGAAAUCCUGGUAAAUCUUAUAGGAAGUGUUAUGGCUGGUCGUAAAAUUGAGCUUGGUGAUCUUGGUUUGAGAGUUAUUCCUGCUGGAAGGCUUUUCGAUAUUCAUGCAAGAACCUCAAAAGAAAUACAUGAUGGAGAAGAAAGAUUGAAUAAAGACAUUUCUGAACUCAGAAAAGAACUUGCAUCUCGUGAAGAAACAAUUGUAAAACUCAAGAAUGCUAUUUCUGACAAUGAAGAGAGAUACAAAAUUCAACUACAAGAAGGCUCCAUCGAUGAGAGCAGAGUUGAUUCUGUGCAACGCGAUGCCAAGUCAUACGAACACAGUGGUUUGCAAACCAGCAAGGAUGUGGUCAUACGUAAACUUCGAGAUGAUCUUGAAUUGAGUGAAAAACAAAGAAAGGAACUUCUUUCUAGUUUGGAAGAAUCUGAAAACUUUGUCGCUCGCUUGCAAGGAGAAAUGGGCCGUCUGGAAAAUGAUAAUUAUAUCUCAAGUUCGGAUGCAAACAGCAAGACUUUGGCCAUCAAAACAUGGGAAAGCAAUUUCAGAGAGAGUAAACUGGAGGUUGCUCGACUAAACGAGAAGAUAAACGAUCUUGAAAACAAACUGAAACAAAAAGAUCACGAGCUUGUGAUAAGAACGAGCCAUGCUGAUGAAGACGUUUCAAGCAAGACAAAAUCUUUAGAGGAAGAAUUGAAGAAAUCUGAGGAACAAAGACGGCAAAUUGAAGACGAGCUUGCGAAGGUUAAACGUGAUCUGAGUUCAGCUCAUCAAAAAACGAAGCAAGAUGAAGCUCUGUUGGAUGAACAGUUACGUGAGCGCGAGGAAGCAAUUCGUGAUGUGGAAAAGAAAUUGGAAGUACUUCAUCAAAAUUACAACGAGGCAAAAGCUGAGAUUAACGAAAAGGAGAAUGCACUUCGAAAAAUACAACAGCAGCAAAUGCAGGCAUCUUACGAGAUAGAACAAGAGAAGGCUUAUCUGGAUAAGAUAAAAGAGGAAUUCAAAAAUGAAAGGAAUUUGAGAGAAACUGCUGAGAGGGAGCUCGAGAAACUGCAAGAGUUACCACAACAUUUGCUGUCGGAACAACAAGAAAAUAAAACCAUGAUGAAGAAGAUGGACGAGCAAGAAAAUACUCUUGUAGCUCUUGAACAAAAGUUGAAUGAAGCAAAAGCCGUGAAUUUGGAGUAUCGUGAUAAGUUGACGGAAUGCAAUGAAACCAUCCAAAAACUUCAUUUUCAAUUGAAUACCAUUAAGAAUGAGAAAGAAAGCAAAAUAAACGAGAUCCUUGUUUUACGAGAGAGUUUGACGAAUGAACUGAAAUUUGAGAAGGAAAAUCGAGUGCGUCUUGAGGACAAGUGUCGUGCGGUGGAAACCGAAAUUCGCAGAAUGCAGUUGUCCUCUGAAGAGAUGAAAUCAAAUCUCAUGCAAAAGAUUGAAACGAGAAAUAAAUCGAUUGUUGAGUUACAAAAUAAUGUGAAUGAAACGAGAAUGAAGAAUAUCCAACAAGACAACAAGGUGAAAGAAUGUGAAGAUUCUCUUCAAGAUAUGGAGUAUAAAAUGAAGUCCCUGGAAGGUGACAAGAAUACCAAGAUUACUGAGUUGGAAAGAGAAAUUAGCAUUCUUGAGGAGGACAAGAACGUCGCCAUUGAACAAAAGCAGAGAGCAACUGAACAGAUAAACAAACUUGAAGAAGACAUAAGGAAACACAAAUCAGAUGCGGACGAUCAAAGAGACGCGUUAGCCAACGAGGUCGCUGAACGUCACGAUAUUAUUCUUAAAUUAAAAGUGGAUUUAUCGUCUCUGGAAGAACGACAUCGUACUGCUGUUACCCAGCUCGCAGAGAGAGACGGAAUGAUCAAGCAGAUAAAAGCGGAACGCGAAGAACAGACAUCAGAGCUGGAAGAUAGUCUCACAAAAUAUCAAAAACUGUCAUUGGAUUACGAGGAAACACAGAAAAAGUUAUCAGAAUACGGGAAUCGUCUUCAGUUUAAAGAGAAAUCUAGCGAUGAAAUCGCAGAAACUUACGCAAAGCAGGUCGCUGAAAAAGAAGGAGCGAUACGACAGUUCAAGGAUGAAAAUGCAACUCUGAAAGAACAGGUCGCUCAGGGAGAGCUAAAGGUUGGCUACAGGGAAGAAGCUUUGAAACGAUUGCAACAACAGCAGAAGGAUUGCUUAGAUGAAGUAUCCAGACGAGAGAAAGCCAUUCAGAAGUUAGAGCUGGAGUUACUCAAGGCUCAAGAACAAACAAGACUGGCCCAAGAUGAGAUAUUCAAGAAGGACGAGGCCAUUGAGAAUCUGGAAACAGAAGUGAAAGAUGCCAAGGAGAAGCAACAGAACGCCAUAGAAGAGAAUGGUCGUUUAGAGGCUCGUUGGCAAUCACAGCGUGUGUCGACUCAGAGUGAACACGAUGCUUUAACAAACGAAAUCAGCAGACGAGAUGAAGCAAUCCAUAAACUGGAGAUUGAAGGACUUCACCUUCAAGAGGAAAUGACGAAAUACAAGGAAGAGAUAAAAGUGAGGGAUCAAUCUAUCGCGAACUGCAAGAAACUGUACGAGGAAUGCUUGAAUGAGGUUGAAGAUCGUAACAGAUCAAUUGCGCUCCUGGAAGAUGAGAUUUACGCCGUGAAACAGGAGGCACUAGGAAGCUAUAAAAAGUUGGAGGAAUAUGAAGACAUGAUUAAAGAAUUAAAUUUCAAAAUUAAUUCUGCGGAAAGCGAUGCAAAGAACUGUGUCCAUCAGGUGUCAAUGAAAGAAGAAGUCAUCGUCCAGUUGUCGACUGAGAUUGAAACACUACGAGGUCAGGAGCAGGAGGUCGGUGACAAGUUACGGCGUCGGGAGCAGAUGAUUGAAAAACUGAAUAAUGACUUGAAGUUACUCAACACCAAACAAAAAGAGAAAGAAAAGCAGGUGCUUCGUCAAUUGGAGGCUGUGAAGAAAUUAGAACGUGACUUGAGAACUUCUCAAACAGAAUUUUCGGAAUUACAACGGAAAUCUUCGCAUGAAACCGUGUUGCGAGAUGAUGCUAUGAAAACGCUUGAGCAAGCUCGUAAUGAAUACCACGACAAGAUUAUUGAACAAGAAGAAAUGUUGGAGUCUUUGAAUCAAAAUAUUGAAAACCUUGGAGCGGAUAUUGAACAAAAAACAGAGCAGUUGACAGAGAAAGAGAAUCUUAUUGAACAGCUUGAACUGAAACUUGCAGUCUCGCAAGAGAAACACAAAACCUGUGCCGAGGAGGUUUCUAAGAAGGACGAAGAUCUUACAGAGCUUCAGAUGAAACUGGAGUUACUUGAAGGAAAAUGUCAGACUUCAGAUGAAGAGCUGAAGGAUAAGAUGGAAAUGAUGGAGGAAUUAAACAAGGAAUUAUCCACGUUUAAGGAAAGAGUGGCAAACUUGAAUAAAGAAAAUGACGUCCUCGAGGUGAAAGUCUCCAAAAGUGAUGCGGACAUUAGUCAACUGACAAACGAGAAACAGCAGCGAGAAGAGCAGAUGACAAAGUUUUCCCUGGAUAUAAAGGAACUAAAGACCGCCAUAGCAACGACAGAGGAAAAACACAGAAACGAGAAAACUGAGCUGAACAAGGAAGUGACAAAACUCAAGUCAGAUAUAAACGAGGGAGACAGAAGGUGUAAGAACACCAAAUCACAGUUAAAAGAACGAGAAGGGAAAAUAGAGGCGCUGAAGAAAGAACUCGACCAUUUAAAAGGUCUCCAUAAACAAGCCACGAACAAGGUGAGUGAACGAGAUGAGACCGUAGGAAAACAGGCGAAAGAAUUGGAGGAGACAAAAAAGCAGAGUGAUGCAUUGAAACAAAGACUACAGGAAACUGAGACACAAUGUAAAGCAUUAACAACCAGUUUGAUAUACUACAAGGAACAGACCGAUGCUAAAACGAAACAGUUUGAAGAAUCUCAAAUUCGCGAGUCACAGUCGGAUGAGAGUGUAAAAAGACACGAAGAGUCUAUCAAAGAACUUCAUGAGAAUCUUCGUCAAAAGCGAGAAGAAUUUGAUUCACUGCAUGAACACUAUGAACUGGAAUGUUCCAAGAACAAGCAACAAAAUAAGGCAAUGGACGAACUUGUUUCAGAGUUGUCGACAACGCGUGAUGCAUUGGGAAGGUGCGAGUCCCAGCUUUCUCAUUGUGACGAAAUGAUUCAAACGCUGAAGGAAAAACUUGUAAGUAAACAGCAAGAGAUUGGCGCCAAAGACACCAGGAUUGAGAAGAUUUCUGGCGAUCUGGAAAUCACGAAAGAUAAAGUCGUAAAGAUGGAAAGGGAGAUGAAUGAGAGAAAUAGCAAGAUAAAGGAACUGAAAAUUGAGUUGUUAUCAGAGAAGGAACAACAUGCUCAGAGAGUUGAACAGGCAACGAACUACGAAGUAAGAGUGCAAAAAUAUGAUUCCGAAAUCAAAACUUUGAGGGAAGAAAACCGUUUGUUGGAAAACAAGCUAUCUCGAGAAAAUGAAGUCUGUCGAAAGGCGUCCAGCGAAUUAGAGGAACAGAAGCUGAAAUAUAGAGACGAGGUUUCAGAGUAUGAACAUACAGUUGAGGAGCUGACCAAUCAGCUGAGUUUGCUGAAAAACGACGAAGCAAAUAACAAAGAUGAGAUUUCGCGGUUGACGAAAAAUGUGAAAGCUCUCGAGGAUGAAUUAUCCGGUAAAGAGAAAGACCUUAAGAAACACAAAGACCAGAUUUCUGAGUACGAAGAAAGGUUGCAAGAACUCCAAAGUCAGUUGGCUGUAACCAGCGCUGAUUGCGCGAAAUUGGAACUUGAGAGAAAGAACUCCAACAUGAAAAUUAAUUUGGUCAACGAAGAGCUCGUCAACCUGAGGCUUCAAAACAAGACUCUAUCACAAGAGUUUGCAAGAAGCAGUGAGAGGUUGACUUUACUGGAUCAAAAGAAUGUUCAUUUGGAAGAACAACUUCGGCAAAAGGUUGCGGAGCUCGUGAGGAUGGAGAAGAUAAAUCGUAAGAGUCAGUUGGAACUUAACAAAGAACUCCAUGAAAGACAAGUAAACAACGAAAAAAUUCAUGGACUCGAAGAUCUUCUUGAACAGAUGAAAAAUGAUCUUCAUCAAUUACAGGAACGCCACCAAGACACUACAGCUUUAUUGAGAAAACAAGAAGCUUUCACUCAACAGCGUGAUGAUGAGCUUAAGAAGGCCCAAGAUGAAAUUAACUCGCUUUUGACAAAGAUCGAUUCACAAGCCCAAGAAAAAAGAGGAUUUUUGAUGAAGUUAGAAGAAGCGAAUAAACAGCUUGAGAUUAUGAACAAACAGGUUAAUACUUAUCUGGACGCAAUGCAAGAGAAGGAACAAAAAAUAUCUUCGCUUAUUCAAAAACUGGAGGAAAAGAAAAUUGAGAUCCGGGAUAAAGAAAAAAGUGUGAGCGCCUUGAAAACCGAACUUGGUUCAGUUUUGGAAAAGAACAGAGCUUUAGCGGAAGAGAUUGGUUCAAAGGAUGGUGAUAUUCGGGUGUUGCGGGCUGACGUUCUCUCAGCACAAAAUAAAAUCAAAGAAAACACAGGCGAGAUAAGUCGUUAUGAAGAGAGAUUACUUGAAAUGCAGAAAGAGUUGGAUAGUUCAAACAAAAAUAGCCGGGAAUCGCAAUCACGAAUUGUGAUCUUAGAAAGAAACUUACAAAACGUUAAAGUCCACUUGAUAAAAACUGAAGAAAAUCGCAAAGAAAUAAAUGCGCAGUUGAAUGAGAAAUUCAAGGAACUGGCGACGACCAGAGAAGAACUAGUUGUGUUGAAACAACAGAACACAGGUCUUCAACAGCAGAUUGUGAAUGUUGAUGACAGGGCAAAGCGUUUAAAAAGUGAUCUUAAGAAAGCUCAAGAACGGCAUAAAGCGUCCAGCGAAGAGGCUUCGAAACUGAAUCGUACUGCUGAGAUGUUAAAAAGUGAACUUUCUACGAGCCAAGAGCGAAACAAGAACCAAACAGAUGAACUAAACCAGCUUCAGGAACAAAUGGUUGUGUUGAAGGUUGAACAUGCAUCAUUGCAAGAAAAAUGUCGUCUUGCGUUGGAUGAGAGCGAAAGAACUCGACAGGAAUAUCACGAGUUUACCAAGCAGCAUCACGGCUGUCAGGAGGAGAUUCAUUCACUGCACAACACGUUGGACGACACUCGGGCACAUCGUGAUCGUCUGCAGAAAGAGAGUGAAGUCAUUGUGGAGAAUAUCAAUCAAUGGGUGAAAGAACAAAAGGAUGGAAAUUCAAAACUGGCUACAAAAUUAAGAGAACAAAGUGAAAAUAUAGUGUCCUUACAGGCUGAUAAAGAACAACUUAUGGAAACUAACGACUCGUUGAAAAGGACCAACAGCUCUUGCAAGGCUGAGAUAGAGGAACUACGAUUAAUGAAUGAACAAUAUAAGGCGUUGAAAGCUCGCUCAGCUGAGCAAGAGAUAGUUGUCCAGCAGCUUCGCGCUCACCUGGAAGAAAAUGCUCUUAAUCAGGAGCAGGAAGCGAUGAAUCGCUCUCAAAGGUUGGAAGAUUUGCACGAUCAACUUCAGAUGAAUAUUGAAGCAAAUAAGGAAUUAAACCAAAGGGUAAAUAACUUGGGAAAGGAAAGACUUCGACAAAAUGAGAUAAUCGAUCGAGAACGCACUGCAAGAAAGAACCUAAUGCUUCAGCUUGAUGCUCGAAGUCAAACCAUCCUUGAUCUGAAGAGUCAAUUAGACAAUAUUAAAGAUGAUCUUGUACUAAAUUCAGACAACUCAGUAUUGUUUGACUCAUUUGGAUUCAACGACUCAGCAUAUAUAUCAGCAUUAGAACGAGGACUCUCAAAGUCUGCAUCAACAGAAAAGAUACGAAAUGCAUUGCGAAAAGAACUCAGCAAGACUGGCGUCAAGGAUCCCAUGACUCUGGAUAAAUCAUUUUGGAUUCAACGUGUUGGAGAGCUUUCAUCCCAGUUGCAACAGAGCAGUGAGUAUUGGGCAGAAAAGGUAAGAGAUCUCUCCGCACAAUUGGAGCGUGAAAGACCAAUCUCGCCUCUCAGGUAACAUCAUCUUAUAUUGUCUAUAACAAAUGAACAAAGAACAAUUUUACCACAAAUAGCUAUAUAAGUCUAUCAAUGUACCAUGAUUUUAUACAUAACUAAUAUCAUAUAGAGUUUUAACAUUUAAAAUUUAGUCAUGUAAAUUUAAAUUAAAUAUCCAAUGUAAUAAAUUGUACAAAUAUAGUGUCUCGAUCAAAGAAGAUAAACAAUAAAG